AACGAACCAUCUGCACUCCUGCCUAUAGUAAUUUGUCCUACUGAAAUUGACAGUAUCAACGUGACGUUGGAGAAAAACCAGCAGUGUGCGUGCAAAGACUGUGGAAAAUUGUUCAAUUCAGUUUGGUAUUUGAAGCAACAUGCAGUGAAACAUUCAAAUGAUCGCCCGUUCAAGUGCAAAUUUUGCUUCAAGGUAACGACCUUGUAA